GCUACCUAUACUACGACUAACUACAGGAGCUGCGGCAGAGAGGGCGGGCAGGCAGCCUCUCCCGCUGCAUGUCUCACAUUCCCAGAGACUGUCUCUGUAACUACCAUAAAACCGUCUCGCCAGGCGACGCCGCGCUCACGAUAAACCUCUUGUCAAUCACUUCCUCCUCUCGCGCAACCCGUUUCUCGAGGCCGGGGCAUGGCCGAGACGCCGGCCCCACAUGCGCCGGCCUCUGGCGACAGCGCCGGGCGGCCCGACUCGGCGCCUGCACCGCCGUCGGCCAAUCACAACAACAACGUGGCUACCAUUGCGGCGGCAGUAUGCGUGACGCUGACGCUCCUCAUCGUCGUCGGGCUGUACGUGUUGCGGAAGCGCGUCUUCCGGCUGUUGGAGGCCCAGAGAGGAGGCGGCUCCUCGCCACGCAAGGGCAGUCAGGCCCGGCUGUCGCUGGAGGACCUCGAGACGAUGCCCGUGAUGCGAUACAAGGUGCCUCCACAGCAAGCCGAUGUCGAGGCCGGAACGCUUGGCGAUGACGAGUCAGGCCCCUGCUCCAUUUGCACCGAAAGCUUCUUGGUCGGCGCCCGCCUGCGGAAGCUGCCGUGUGGCCACCGAUUUCACACCGAUUGCGUCGAUCCAUGGUUACUCGACCGCUCUGCUACAUGCCCCAUAUGGUACGGAUGA